CAAACCGCACCCACUCGACUUAGAUAACAUACAAUCCCCACAUGAACACAUUGCAUGUGCAUGUUGCGUGCUUGCCUUGCAUAUAUUUGAAACGUAUAUUCGUCGAAAGGCCCCAGCUUAGGUACACCUGCCUUAGUUCCAUUUUCCCUCUAGCAUCGCCGAAAAAAAAAGAUAUACAUAGGUACCUAUCUAGGCACCAUAACAGGACUUGUCGAACCUCGACACUCAUUCUAUCAUAGCCACCUAGCAUCUGAGAGUAAACAUGAACUCGGCAGCUUCAUCUCACCAGCCAGACGCCUCGGGCGAGGCCCCGAAACAGCUUAAUUAUCUCCCGUACCUGAAGCUGAACGAUGGCAAUCAAAUCCCCAUGCUCUCAUACGGCCUGGGCACAGCCCAAUGUCGAAGGGGUGGUGAUGUCGACCCAAAACUGGUUGAACUCACCAAGAUUGCUCUCAAAAAGGGCUACAACCACCUGGACGGGGCUGAAGUUUACGGCAAUGAGGAGGAGCUCGGCCAGGCUGUAAAAGAAUCCGGACUACCCCGCGAGAGCCUCUUCAUCACCACCAAGACCUUCUGCAAACCUGGCGUCACCACUCAGGAGAGCCUGGACGCUUCUCUCAAGCGACUGCAGCUUGACUAUGUCGACCUGUUCCUGAUCCACAGCCCCUUCUGGGCCGAAUCACCCGAGGAGCUGCAGGCCAAGUGGGCUGAGAUGGAAGCCCUCAGGGAAGCCGGCAAGGCCAAGUCCAUUGGAGUCUCCAACUUUCUUCAGGAACAUCUGGAGACCAUCCUCAAGACGGCCAAGGUCCCGCCCGCCAUCAACCAGAUCGAGUAUCACCCGUACCUCCAGCACGGCGAUCUGCUCGACUACCACCGCAAGCAGAACAUAGCAACGUCGGCAUACGGGCCCCUGACGGCCAUCACGAAUGCCAAGGGGGGACCUGUCGACGGCAAGUAUCAUGAGCUGGCCAGAAAAUACGGCGUCACGCCUGGUGAGAUUGCACUACGAUGGUGUAUUGACCAAGGAGUUGUGGCCAUCACGACCAGCGCCAAAGAGGACCGUCUGGAGGCGUUACAGAAGAGAAUCCCGAGCUUCAAAUUGACGCCCAAGGAGGUCCAGGAAAUUUCGGAGCUAGGCAACCAGAAACACCAUCGGGGCUUUUGGAACAACAAGUUUGCGGCGGACGAUCGGCGUUAAGAGACAUUGAAAGGGAUAUAAUCGAACGAUAAUUUCUUUUUUGUUGCAGAAUGGCGUCGGAAAAGGUAUCGAACUGUGUGGGGUCUCUCCAAGUAAAAGUUUGACGCCAGGAAGAGAAAAACAUGUUUGUAACCCCGACAACGACACUAUUAUCAAUGCCAUCGCAAAGCUACUCGCUCAACCCCGGUUUUGGGACGA